AUGUCCAACGGAAACGCACUGAAGGGAUGGCAUCCAGGAGAGAAAGCCAUCCAAGAAAUCAUCCAUCUGCCAGCACGUGUAUCCCUCAGCGCGGUCACGAGCAAGCUUCCGGAGCAGCAUCGUAUCUUCCACACCACUCGUCUGCAUUUCCUACCUACUACCACACUCGAUGAACACGGUCGCCCUUGGGCAUCUUUUCUAUGUUCUGCCGAUGGAAGACCUUCGUUCAUCACAGCACCGUCAGACAGUAGUCUUGUGGUCCAGGCGCGCGUUUGGCCAGGCGACCCCAUCAUCGACAAUCUUCAAAGUAAGCGCACUCCAAAGUUGAUAUCAGCCAUCGGUCUCGAAACUGCCACAAGGAGACGUAACAAGUUCGCAGGCUACGUAUCUAAUACAAGACUGCGGGACGGGAUUUUUACUCUCGAGCUCACAGUCAAUCAGGCCCUUGGACUUUGUCCGAAAUAUAUCAACAUCCGUACACUUCGUCCACAUGUCGACACUCACCCCCAUGUUGCGUACAAUGAGCUGGACCUGGACGCGGAUGAUCGCCUGCCGAACGACGUUAUAUCCUUUAUUCAUUCUUGCGACACGGCGUACCUAGCCACUUCCUACGAAGCUGCUCCAUCCGACCGCGACAUGUAUCCGUCGCAUGUCGCGACCAACCAUCGUGGCGGCCGACCUGGAUUUGUGCGUGUCCGGCCAAGUGAUCAUCGCACUUUGGUUCUCCCUAAUUACGCAGGAAAUCGUCUGAUGAACUCGCUUGGCAACAUCUUCGUGACACCACUAGCUGGUCUUGUCUUUCCGUCUUUUACCGAUGGUUCCGUGCUCUAUGUUACUGGGAGUGCUCGGACACUGUUCGGGUCAGCCGCCCAAGCACUCAUGCCAGGAUCAAACGUUGUUACCACCAUAUACGCCACUGGCUUCGUGUUUGUCGAAGACGCGUUGCCUCUUCGCCAAAACGACAACUCUAUUGAGCCUAGUCCUUACUGUCCACCUGUCCUCUAUCUCGCCGAGGAGACACCUCCCACAGUGAGCUACGGCGACAUCACGCUAUCCUUGAUUCAAGCUCAAAUACACGAUGCAACGCUCGUCACAUAUACUCUCAAGAGCAAUCGCGCAGUCGAUAUCAAGCCGAGCCAGUAUGUGGUGCUGGACCUCUCACAUUUCCUCCGAAUUCGCUCGCAUGAGUUGGUGGAGUGGGACGAAUCUGAAAGAACCGAGAACGACGACUGCGUCCGAACCUGGACGGUUUCGCACAACCCUACUCCGCAGACACCUCAUACGUUCUCUAUCACAGUGAGGACAAUCUCUGGCGGUCUCAUCACUCCCAUCUUGUACGCGAUCACUAGCAGAGCCGCCGAAAGACAUCAGGCUGGCGACGUCGUAGAUAUGAUGGAGCAAAGCAUUUGCUUUAACCUCAGAGGCGUUGGAGGUGAAUUUACAGCGCCGGAACCAGUUGCUGCGUGCGAUGGGGGUCGGCGAUUACUUUGGGUCGCAGGAGGGAUCGGUCUGACCCCCUUCUUGAGCUUGACACGCCAUGUUGCUUUGUUGGCCAACCGCGGGUAUGGGGUAUGGGACGUCGCAUUGGUCAUAUCGACGAGGGAACCGGAAGUUAUGCUUCAUUUGUUGUCGGAAGCACUCCAUGUCUCAAAGGGCGCAAGUAGGCUUGAUGAAGACGGGAAGCUCUUUUCGCAAUUGGAGGCGAAGGACAGGGAGGUGCAAAUAUGUGGUCCCCUCCCGUUCGUGCAGAGUGCCAUGAAGUCGUUAGAACGUGCAGGUGUCCGUUCGGACAGCGUAAAGAGGGAGAGGUUCACCUAUUGA